UCUUUCUCUCUUUUGUUGCUUAUCCAUUUUCCUCUCUCUCUCACAGGGCUUCCUUAAACCGAUUCUCUCUCCGAAUUCGAGAACAGAGCCUUUGAUUCUAUCUCAAAUUCUUGUUCUGAAUUCGUAAGUCAUCGUUAGGGAUUCAAAAUGACAGGCUUCUCUGUGUCUCUUUUCGUCUCAAACUUGUCAAAUGUCGCCUCGUAUCUGUCUCCGAUCUUCGAGACCAUCCCGUCGAAGGUUGUUCCAGCCCAGAUCGAGAAGGUUGUCUCUUUGGUCUCUCGCACCGGCAGGGAUUUGCAGCGUUACGAUAACGCUGGGUAUCGUCAAGUCGUCGGAUGCGUACCGUACAGAUACAAGAAACAAGAAAUCAAUGGAAAUGAAUCCAAAGAAAUCGAGGUUCUUCUCAUCAGUGCUCAAAAGGGCAAAGGAAUGUUAUUCCCAAAAGGAGGUUGGGAGAUUGAUGAAUCAAUGGAGGAAGCAGCUCUGAGAGAGACGAUCGAGGAAGCGGGUGUAACAGGAGAGCUCGAAGAAAAGCUAGGGAAAUGGCAAUACAAAAGCAAAAGACACAGCAUGAUUCACCAAGGAUACAUGUUUGUUUUGCUUGUUAACCAAGAGUUUGAGCGAUGGCCCGAGGCGGAAAUUAGACAACGCAAAUGGGUUGGUUUGGAUGAGGCAAGAGAAGUAUGUCAGAAUUGGUGGAUGAGAGAAGCUCUUGAAGCAUUCAUUAACCUCAAAUGUCACACCGAGGAGGUCGAGAUUGUAAGCCCAAUGUAAGUGGAAACUUAAUUAGUACGCAGAGAAGAAGAAACCAUGUUUAGGGUUGGUGGAACAGAAGCUACAGGGAUCAGAAGCUUCCUGGGGGAUUCAUUUGGUCACAGAAGCAUCUUGAGAGAGUCAUUCUUUGAUGAUAGAAAGUCAACCAUAGUCUUCUAAUUUUAUUCAUUCUUUUGUAUUUGAUGAUUCGUUUAUUCUUUGAUUGUGAAUAAAAAUGCUAGAUAGGUUCCUUAAAAUAAAA